AUGGAAGUCAACAUGUUAUUGUCUAACUUUCUCGCUGGCCUUUCUCUGCCUUUCACUACACUCUCUCCACUACUUUUCCCUCUCCAGGGCAAGCAGUUACAUAUUCGAUAUCCGAGUCAGAACUGGAUUCAACCUGGAUCAACCAUCGACACGCAAGACACUGGUCCACGUCCAGAAAUUGGCACCGUGGGUCUGAACUGCAAUUCACGCUACUUGAUCCUAUCUCUAGACCUAGACGUGGUUCUCCCUGGAACAAGAAUUCAAACAGUCAUAUUACAUUGGUACCAAUCAAAUCUCACGUUUGAUUGCAAUGGAGAUGGAAAUCAUAGCGUCCUGAAACCUGGUGAAGAUGACAGUUCUUCGUAUACUGCGCCUUACAUCGCACCACAGCCACCGCCAGGAACGCACCAUCGCUAUGUUUUCCUCCUUUUCAAUCAGUCGCACACUUACGAGUUCCCUGAUUGCUUUGAAAAUAUUCCUCCUGCGACUAUGGAAGCACGCAGCGGUUUUGAUAUUCGGAAAUUUAUGCUC